AUGUCCUCGAACAAAGGAGCAGAUGUUGGCAUCGUCGGUGCAGGUAUCAUCGGUCUUACAUGUGCACUGAGAUUGGCUGAAGCGGGUUACAGUGUGUCCAUACUUGCGAGAGAUCUUCCAGGAGAUGAGACGACAACGUGGGCCAGCCCAUGGGCUGGCGCUGUGGUUCUGCCGUAUAUAACCAAAGACCCCAGAGAUAGGGCAAUGCAGAUUGCCUCCUUGCGGUAUUACUGGGCUCUCGCGCAUCAAGACCCAACAUGUGGGGUUCAGACUGUGACAGUCUGCGAAUAUUGGGAUCAGCCGACUCACGACAAGUCGGAUGAGUGGUAUGCAACAGUCGUCCCACACUUUCGUCGAUUAGGACCAGACGAGCUUCCUCCGGGAACAGUGGCAGGCAAUACACUUAUGGCGAUAUCGGUCAAUCCUGAUACAUAUCUGAAUUGGAUCAAGGGUCGGCUGGAGGCUGUGCAUCAAGUCCAUUUCAUCCGAGCUACGGUGCAGUCUCUGGAUGAAGCGGCGGAAGUCUUGGGCACGAAGACCUUGGUCAAUGCAUCUGGUCUUGGAGCCAAGGAGCUUGCAAACGAUCAACACGUUGUCGGUAUCCGUGGACAAACAAUGUUUGUCAACUUCCCCCGAGACCCCAAAGAUCCGGCGCGAGUCUUGGACAAGGAGGUCCGAAUCAGACGAGGUGCUGAAUACACCUACGUUCUUCCAAGAAUGCUGUCGGGCGGCGUUGUGAUCGGAGGAGUUGAAGAGGAAGGUAGCACCAAUACGGACAUCAGCGUCGAUCUCCAGCAAGACAUCCUCGAGCGAGUCAAUGUUAUGACGAAUGGCUGGUUUAGCGACUUAAAGCUGAGCGAUGUAAAGAGGAACAUUGCCGGUAUCCGUCCGGGGCGAGAAGGUGGAUAUCGGGUUGAGAAGAUUGGCAACAUUGUACACGCGUACGGAUUCGGAGGAGCCGGCUAUCGCUAUAGUGUGGGCGCAGCCGACAUCGUGGUCGAUCUGCUUCGGGGGCAGAGGCCAACGACGUCCAAGUUAUGA